GGGAAGUCGGCGCCGCGCGGCGGGACCAUGAGCCUGGAGCGCGACCUCCGCGAGUUGACCAAGGCCAAGGCCAAGGCCCAGAGGAGUGGGCAGCCGCGGGAGGAGGCCGCCCUCUGCCACCAGCUGGGGGAGCUCCUGGCCGGUCAUGGCCGCUACCCGGAGGCCCUGCAGGAGCACCGGCGGGAGCUGCUGCUCCUGGAGGGCGCCGGCGACGCCCUGGGCUGCGCCGUGGCCCACCGCAAGAUCGGAGAGCGGCUGGCGGAGAUGGAGGACUACCCCGCCGCGCUGCAGUCGGGACGAGCUUGCGGUGGCCCCGCCUGUCUCCAGCACCAGCACCGCUACCUGGAGCUGGCUGAGUCUCUGUCCAACCCCACGGAGCUGCAGAGGGCCUGGGCCACCAUCGGCCGCACCCACCUGGACGUCUACGAUCACCAGCAGUCGCAGGAUGCCCUGCUGCAGGCACGGGCCGCCUUCGAGAGGAGCCUGGCCAUCGUGGACCGGGAGCUGGAGGGGACGCUGGCCCAGCGUGAGCUGAGCGAGAUGAGGACGCGACUGUACCUGAACCUGGGCCUCACCUUCGAGAGCCUGCAGGAGCCCGCUCUGUGCCGGGACUUCCUGCGCAAGAGCGUCUUCCUGGCAGAGCAGAACCACCUCUAUGAGGACCUGUUCCGGGCGCGCUACAACCUGGGUGCCCUGCACUGGCGCGGGGGUCGGCCCUCACAGGCCCUGCGCUGCCUGGAGGGGGCCCGGGAGUGUGCACGGGCCAUGAGGAGGGCCGGCAUGGAGAGCGACUGCUGCUUGCUCCUGGCACAGGCUCGCUUUUUUCUGCAGGUGCUCCAGGACGUGGGGGACUUUGUGGCUGCUAAGGGAGUCUUGAAGAAAGCUUACCGGCUGGGCCCCCAGAAGCCAGCACAGAAGGCCGUCGUGGGCCGGGCCCUCCGGCAUGUGUUGGCUGUGGUCCGGCUGCAGCAGCAGCUAGAGGAGGCGGAGGCCAAUGACGCUCAGGGCGCCAUGGGCAUCUGGGAGCAGCUGGGGGACCUGUUCUCCAAGGCGGGCGACUUCCCCAGGGCAGCGGAGGCCUACCAGCAGCAGCUGCGCUUUGCAGAGUUGCUGAGCAGGCCAGGGCCCGAGCUGGCCGUCAUCCACGUGUCUCUUGCUACCACUUUGGGGGACAUGAAGGACCCGCGAGGAGCCGUGCAUCACUAUAGGGAGGAGCUGCGGCUGCGGGCGGGAAAUGCCCUGGAGGAGGCCAAGACCUGGCUGAACAUCGCGCUGUCCCAAGAGGAGGCUGGUGACGCCUAUGAGCUGCUGGCCCCAUGCUUCCAGAAGGCUCUCGACUGCGCCCAGCAGGCCCUGCAGCCCCGGCUGCAGAGGCAGAUCCUGCAGCAUUUCCACCACGUGCAGCUAAAGCUGCGGCCGCAGGAGGCCCCCAGCACCGAGGCCCAGCUGCAGGAGCUGAGUGCGGCCGCCGGGCAGGACGAGGAGGACGAGGAGGACGAGGGGGACGAGGGGGACGGCGACUCCCCAGAGACCAGCGAGGUGGAGCUCUCGGAGAGCGAGGAAGAGACCGGACGCGACUCCCCGCGGCUGGAGGAGGAGGAGGAGUUGCUGCCCCGCCGCAGGAUGGCAGCCAAGUGGAGCCGGCGCAACGAUGUGGGGGAGACACCACUGCACCGCGCCUGCAUUGAGGGCCGGCUGGGCCGCGUCCAGGACCUUGUGCGGCAGGGCCACCCUCUGAGCCCCCGGGAUUACUGCGGCUGGACGCCCCUGCACGAGGCCUGCAACCACGGCCACCUGGACAUCGUGCGCUUCCUGCUGGACCACGGGGCCGCGCUGGACGACCCGGGCGGCCAGGGCUGCGAGGGCAUCACGCCCCUGCACGACGCCCUCGCCUGUGGCCACUUCGAGGUGGCGGAGCUGCUGGUGGCGCGGGGCGCCUCGCUCUCCCUCCGCACCAAGCAGGGCCACCGCCCGCUGGAUACGCUGCAGCACUGGGUGCAGUUGUACCAUAAGGAGUUGGACCCGGAGACCCGGGCGAAGGCCAGCUCCAUGGAGCAGCUGCUGCGGGCAGCCAGCUCGGACCCUGCCCCGCAGAGUCCCCCAAGUCAGGCGCUGUUUGACCCUGAGACCUCUCCGCCCCCGGGCCCUUGCCCAGGACCCCCAGAGAUCUCUCGGGCCUGGGCUUCCCGGGGGCAGGUAGAGCCAGCUGUGGGCAGGCCUCAGGGGAGCUGGCGCAGAGUGGCCCACAGCAGCGGCUCGGAGGAUGACAGCACGGGGUCUCCCUGGCCGGCCCCCAAGAGGCCCCGGCCCGGCGCCCAGGCACCUGGCCCUGCCGCCCACAGGGAGGCGGCCACGGCAAGUGUGGACCCAGCAGCCUGUCCGGCAUCCGGCCGAGGUGUGGGCAGUGCCCAAAGCGGUCACCUGGGGCCCAGCCCUCAGCGAGGCCUUGGCGGGGCCCUCAUCCCUGAGGAGGAGAGUUUGGCUGGGGACUGGCUGGAGGACGACUUGGGGCCACCCCGUGGCCACCGCCCAGCCAGCCCCCAGAGCCCAGUGAGGACGCGGGCCCGGCCCAGGCGGAGGCGACCUGCCUGCCUCAAGAUGGGGAGCGGCCCAGCCAGCACAGGUAUAGGUGGUAGCUCGGCCACAGGCCCCCUCCAGAGCCUCGACGUGCCCGACGGAGAGUGCUCCACUGCUGCGGCCAGCCAGUCCUCGGGCCCCGCCCCGCCCCCUCCUCUCCGGGUCCGAGUUAGAGUCCAAGACAAUGUCUUCCUCGUCCCCGUCCCACACAGCGAGCCCCGCUCUGUGGCCUGGCUGGCCGAGCAGGCUGCCCAGCGCUACCUCCAGGCAUGUGGCUUGCUGCCAAGGCUCAGCCUGCGCAAGGAAGGGGCCCUGCUGGCGCCACAGGACCCCGUCCCUGACGUGCUACGCAGCAACGAGGAGGUGUUGGCUGAGGUGACUUCAUGGGACCUGCCCCUGCUAACUGAUCGCUACCGCAGGGCCUGCCAGAGCCUGGGGCAAGGGGAGCACCCACAGGUGCUGCGGGCCGUGGAGUGCCAGGGCUCUGGGCCUGCGUUCGGCGCCUGCUCCCUGGCCCUGGGCCCAGCCCAGCUCACCCCUCUGCUGCGAUCCCUCAAGCUGCAAGCCGAGCUGCGGGAGCUGCGCCUGGCGGGGAACCGCCUGGGGGACGGAUGUGCCCCUGAGCUCCUGGCCGCCCUGGGUACCAUGCCCAGCCUGACCCUGCUUGAUCUCUCUUCCAACCACCUGGGCCCGGAAGGCCUCCGUCAGCUGGCUGAGGGCCUCGCAGGGCCGGCUGCCUUGCAGAACUUGGAGGAGCUGGACUUGAGCAUGAACCCGCUGGGGGACAGCUGUGGUCAGGCUCUAGCUGCCAUCCUGCACUCCUGCCCCUCACUCAGCAACCUGCACCUCCAGGCCUGUGGCUUUGGCCCCAGCUUCUUCCUGCGCCACCAUGCGGCGCUGCACAGCACCUUCCAGGGUGCCUCAUGCCUGAAAUCCCUUACGCUGUCCUACAACAUGCUGGGGGGCACUGCCCUGGCCCGGGCCCUGCAGAGCCUGCCAGCCCGCAGCCUCCUGCGCCUGGAGCUCAGCGCUGUGGCCGCCGGCAGGGGCGACUCCGGCCUGGUGGAGCCGCUGGUCAGAUACCUGAGCCAGGAAACCUGUGCCCUGGAGCACCUGAGUCUGUCUGCCAACCACCUGGGUGACGAGGCUGUGGGGCACCUGAGCAGAUGUCUCCCGCGCUGCCCCUCCCUGGCCUCGCUGGACCUGUCAGCCAACCCUGAGGUUGGCCGGGCUGGCCUGGAGGGGCUCCUCUCUGCCCUGCAGGAGCGGCCUAGGGGCCUUCGCUUCCUGAGCCUGGCAGGCUGCGCCGUGCGGGGCCCGCUGGGCGCCGGCCUCUGGGCCCAGGCGGGCGCGCGGCUGCGGGAGCUGCAGCUGUGCAGCCGCCACCUCUGCGCCGAGGACCGCGACGCGCUGCGCCAGCUGCCGCCGGGGCCCUCGCUGGACCGCGGCCCCCGCCUCUUCUUCCGGCGCCUGUGACCGCCCCCCCCCCGCCCCCCAAUAAACGGAC